UAUCCACAACAUAUGUGUCUCAGCACCUUGCCAUGACCCACUUCCACUCUUGCACAAACACUGAGACACAGACAUGUAUGUAGAAGGAACCGUGCAAAAGAAAUUCAUAGCCCUGUUAUGAAGAACCAUCAAGCAUUAUAUCUUUUGCCAAUUUUGGCUCUUGCAUUUUUGCCCAUCACUAUAGGUGAAUCCGGUUCUCUUCGCCCAGUGUUGUCUGGUCCUGACAGAGCCUACCUCAAUACCCGGGUAGUCUUCCGCUGUUCUGUCCCCAACCUGUCCUCUAUGGCCAGCUACAUGCUGAUAAGGGAUCGACGUUUCGUUGUUGGCAGAAAUGUUGGCCGUCAAAGGAACAACACUGCAAUGUUUCCUCUAAAAGUCAAUGCAGCUUCAGAUGGGUCAUAUCACUGCAAAGCUUCAACUGAAGAAAGCCGAGGAUUGAGCAACAGGAUCAAACUGACCAUAGUCACCCCACCAUCUAAUAUCAGAGUGACCUCUGACCCCUACCCUCCGGUUGCAUUCGAGGGGUCUCAGAUUGUCCUAAGCUGUGAUGCUCAACGUGGUUCUCACCUUAACUACACCUGGUAUUUUAACAGGACCACAAUAAUGUCAUCAACAUCUGGCUUCAGCAUUGUGGGGAACAAGCUAGUGAUGGAGAAGGUGACUUUGGAGAGGGAGGGAAAUUAUAACUGCAUUGCUUGGUCUAUGGUGCAGCAAAUCACCAGGUAUUCAACCUGCACAGAAGUCAAAGUGACAGUCAAAGUUAAGAUCUCAAAACCAGAAAUCUCCCUUUUCAUUUUCAAAGAGGGGGAUACUUACCUUGGAAAUGUAACCUGCUCGUCUUCAAAAGGGACUCCACCAGUAAACUUCUCUCUUUUACUGGAUGACACAGAGGUCAUAACUGCCACAGCUGCCAAAUCACUGGCUGCAUGGUUUAAGAUUCCUGUUGCCAUUGGGCUGAACAUGGGAGAGGCCCGAUGUCGAGGGAGAAAUGAGGCGCAGGACUUGAAGAGUGAGGCCCUCACUCUGGAAGUAGUCCCGGUUGGAGGAGAUGUAAGGUUGGAAGUUGACUAUCUGUACACUGCUGAAGCCAAGCUGGACGCUGUGAAGCUUAGCUGUCACAUCAGCAGAGGGACGUUCCCACACUUCUCCUGGCUAGUAAACAACACUAUACUUCCGACUGAGUCCCAAAAGGAUUUCAAACCUCAAACGUUUCUGUCCCACCAAAAACAAGGCCUCAUCCUCUCUGAAUUCAGCGCAGAGUAUGCUGGGUAUUACCGCUGUAGGGCCAGAGACAGCUAUGAAGACUCUGGGCCAUGGGCAGAAAGUGCAGCUGUGCUGGUCCAAAUCACCGAAGAAAACCUGAACUCAAUGGCUCAAGCAUCGUCCUGCACAUCCACAAUGUCUCAAAAGCUUUUUUCAGAUGUUAUCACCAUAGUCUUCUGCUGCUUCUUUCUCUUGAUGCUGGCAGUGGCUUCAGUCUGCGUUUACAAGAUGUUUGACCAACCCCAAGCUUUUACCAAUGUUUCUGCAACUAACACAAUAUCAUUUCAUCUCUCUGGACCCCAGUCUCAGUCUGUGGGUCUGCAAGCAGACACAUUAUCCUGUGAUGUCCACAACCAGACUGUUGAAUUCACAUUAUGAAGACAUCCAAGAAUAUCCUGAUCCUUCUUAAUCAUUGUUUGUUUAAAAUGUUUUAAAUUAUUUAUCACAUAUGUAUUCAAUAAUAUUCUAAGAUUCUGCUAUUCCUGUCUAAAGAGCGAGAAAUGGUAUCUAACAACUACUGUAUAUUGCCAUUUUUCAAAUGAACAUAUUUUAAAGAUGUAAAUGUGUUUUUCCAUUAAAUAAGUGAAAGAAAAGAAAA